UUGUCGUUUCGGGGCACCAUCACCGCCGUCGUCGUCGUUUGUAAUCAUCCGCGGGACAUCGUCUACGUCGUCGUCGGUUCCGUUCCGUGUUGUGUCCCAGUGACGCGUUCCGCGUUGAUUCUGAAGCUUGCAGGCCCGCCUGGAGUUCCCUUCAGCAGGGUCGGAGAUUUUGGAAAGUGCAGUGUCCUAGAAAGAAGACACGAAAGGCCAGACCGGAGGAGGACGGGUGCACAAAUAACAGUUAUCUUGUCGCACUCUCUCUCACACAGCGGCGGCGGUCGUCGCCGAUCUGUCAACUCGGUGGGGUCAGAGCGAUACGGUGCGACCGGAACGGAAGGAUACGGGGCACUGGGUGGUAGCGGGGUAGAGUGAGCAAGAAGCAGGGUUGCUGCUGUCAAAGCAUUGCGUUGGUGGUAUUGGUGAGGUGGUUGUGUGUACACAAAGUGUUGUGUAGAGAACAGAAGAAGCGAGAGUUGACGAGGAACGAACGUCAAGCGAAAAGAGAGAGAGCCGAGAAGUGAAGAAGUGUCAAGUGAAGAAAAUAUAGUCGGGCCUGGUAGUGUUGGUGUGGUGAAGCACCAGCCAUCCAGUGGGAAUCGGUGCCUGUAGUGGUGGUGCUGGUUCUCUGUGUAUAUCGCCUCUGCUGGUCAAGUGAGAGGAAGAAGUUGCUCGUCGUCGUCGCGUAUUUUGUUCGGUUCUGUGAAAUAUUUAUUAUUUUCGUUAUGAAAUCUGUCGCGGAAAUGGCUAGUGGGUCGUCGGAACGACGCGUCUGAGCGACCGUCACAGGAAGUGCCGGAAGUGACCGUGCAGUGCAGUGUUCCGAGGGGGUAUUUUCGGGCUGAUUUAAGUUAGGGGAAAGGGAACGAAGUGUACCGCCAGUGUGAGGAAGGUCUAGCAGUGGGAUUUGGUGUCGAAUUCGACGGAAGUGAGCUCCGUUUAGAGAGGAGAAGCGGAGGAAGUGCGCGGAAGGUCUCGGGAGUCGAGUCGACCGUGUCCAUCGGACAGACCGACCGAACGACCAGCCGACCAGAGUGCAGAGCGUAUAUGUGUGUUGUGGUUGCAAGUUUUGAUAAAUGUCAAGAUGGCGGCUACUAACCGAGCUCGUCCGCAGCCGAGAACUAACAUCUCGUUCUUCUCGAAGAUCCAGGGCAAGAUCUCGGAUGCAUGCGCCCAGCAAAAGUUCCUAACGGACAAAAAGACCCUGGAGAAGACGUGGAAACUGAUGGACAAGGUCGUCAAGCUUUGCCAGCAGUCCAAGAUGAACCUCAAAAACUCCCCUCCCUUCAUACUGGACAUCCUGCCCGACACGUACCAGCGGUUGCACCUGAUCUACUCCAAGUACGAGGACCAGAUGCACCUCCUGCACGGCAACGAGCACUUUAACAUCUUCAUCAACAACCUGAUGCGGAAGUGCAAACAGGCCAUCAAGCUGUUCAAGGAGGGCAAGGAGAAGAUGUUUGACGAGAACUCGCACUACCGGCGGAACCUCACCAAGCUGAGUCUGGUGUUUUCGCACAUGCUGAGCGAGCUGAAGGCCAUCUUCCCGCACGGGUUGUUCGCCGGGGACCAGUUCCGCAUCACGAAGGCGGACGCGGCGGACUUUUGGAAGACGCGCUUCGGAAACAGUACACUGGUCCCGUGGAAGCUGUUCCGGCAGGAGCUGUCCCAGGUGCACCCAAUCUCCUCCGGGCUGGAAGCGAUGGCGCUCAAAACCACCAUAGACUUAACGUGCAAUGAUUAUAUAUCAAAUUUUGAAUUUGAUGUGUUUACUAGGCUGUUUCAACCGUGGAAUACGUUGCUGAGAAAUUGGCAAAUCCUAGCUGUGACGCACCCGGGCUACGUCGCCUUCCUAACGUACGACGAAGUCAAGGCACGCUUACAAAAGUAUAUCAAUAAGGCUGGUAGUUAUGUUUUCAGAUUAUCCUGCACACGGUUAGGCCAGUGGGCGAUAGGUUACGUAACGGCGGAGGGCGAAAUCCUCCAAACAAUCCCCCAAAACAAGUCAUUAUGUCAAGCUUUACUAGAUGGUCAUAGGGAAGGAUUCUACCUGUUUCCGGACGGGAAGCCCCACAACCCGGAUCUGUCGUUUGCCGUGCAGAGUCCCCUCGAGGACCACAUCACGGUGACGCAGGAGCAGUACGAGCUGUACUGUGAGAUGGGGAGCACGUUCCAGCUGUGCAAGAUCUGCGCCGAGAACGACAAGGACAUCCGGAUCGAACCGUGCGGCCACCUGCUGUGUACGCCGUGCCUCACGGCGUGGCAGGUCGACUCCGAGGGACAGGGUUGCCCCUUCUGCAGGGCGGAAAUCAAGGGCACCGAGCAGAUCGUGGUGGACGCGUUCGACCCGCGGCGGCAGCACUCCCGGAAUUCGGCCAACGGGCGCCAACAUCUGCAGAACGACGACCACGACGACGACAUUGAGGAUGACUUUAAUAUCGCCACAUCGUCACUCCAUGCGCUCAGCAAUAGUAUGACACUGGCACGUAAUGAAGCAAAGCAAAGCCCGCACUCGUCGCCGCGGUUGCCCCGGCGUGCACCGAAUCCGAGCGCACCGGUGCUAACCAGUAGUAACGAUACUUAUUCAGGCGGCCCCUCGUCGUUGCAGUCCAGCGGCAGCACCUGCAGCAGUAUCAGCGGUUCCACCAGCUCCAGUUCCUCCACGGCGUCCUCGGUGUCAGCGUCAGCGCCAUCAGCGGCGGCCGGUACCAGCGGAUCUAGCCAGCAACAGAUGGCAGCAGCAGCAGCAUCGCUAGUGACAAGUCCGGCGGCGAUAGCGGCGGCUGCGGCCGCUUCUGCACCGCCCUCGAUCGCCACGGUAUCGCACACGGUGAACGGGAACGUGGCCACGCACACCAACAUCUCACUCACCACUAUCGGCAGCACGGCCAAUCAUGUGUGCACGGCUGGUGGUGCUUCCGGGAGCCAAGCCAACAACCUUGUCAAGUGUAAUAAGUCCUCGUCCUCGUCUCUCCUAUCGCAGACACAAACCCCGGGAAGUGGUGGCGCCAGCAGUAGCAGCAGUUCGACGCCAACCCAGCAAAAUCGACUCAGCGCCCCGGCUAGCUCAUCGGCGGUGACACCUAGCGGAGGAGUCCCCAGCGGUUAUGUUCUCUACAAGGCGCUCAACAAAGCUCUGUCCUCGGACAGUCCAUCGUCGAGUUCGCUGGAAUCCAUCUACCAUCAGCAGCACCAUCACUUGAUGCGGCAAAACACAAGCACGCCACCACCUUUACCCCCUCGGAAGUCCUCACCCGGGAUCCUAACCUCAACUUCCUCUAGUGACGCUAGUCGCCACAAGGUGGCCACACCACGCACCCAACAAACGUCAACGUCCGCAUCGGGAGGUCAGCUGCAGGCGUCACGCAGUCAAAACCAAAACCAAAUCAACUCCGCCUCUAGUCUGUGCAACCUGUCCAACCAGGUGGCCACCAGUCUGAACCUGAGCCGUAGCUCGGAGAAUAUCUCGAGUAGCGCAAACAACGUUCCCAGAAACAAAGCUCCUCCCGUUCCCAAGCACCAAAACCUCGACCCGAACACCCUCUCCAGCUGUCCCUGCCAAACUCCCGCCAAACCACCCGACCUGAAGCCACUUCCCGAACCAGACCUGGACAAAGUCAUCGUCGGACCCGCCGAAACCAUCGUCGGUAUCAUCGAUACGCGACCCCUCGAGGCCCGACAGCCCAUCAUCCUCAAGGUGGACGACAAAGUCGACCAGAAUCUAGUCCUGACCAGCGCCAGCAACGUCUACCAGUUCAAACCGACCUCCCUCAACGGGAUCCUCUCGAACGAAGUGACCGCCAUAUUUCAACCCAUCAUCCACCAGGCGCCACCACCUCCCCAACAUCACCACACCCCAAAGCAACCCCAACCCCAGCCCAGACACCAACACCAGCAGCAAUCCUCCACCCCCUCCAGCCAAGCCUCGAACCAACACCAGCGGCACCAGUCCCUCCCGGCCAACAACGCCGCCCUGAACGCCAAAGCCCCCUCCAAAUCCAUCACCACGUCCCAGCUGUCGGCCGCCCUGUCCUCCAUCACCUCCUCCCGAUCCGCCACCAACCCCCUCCUCUACGAAAACGUCAACCUCACCACCCUCAAAGAGUGCAACGGAGCAGGCGGCGGCGGCGGCGGCGCCACCAGCAGUACCAACAACAACCACCUGAACAGCAGCGCCGUCGCGGCAGCAAUGGCCGCCUCGAGCAGUGCGGCUAGCAGCAGUGCCGCCAACAACAACCACACGAACGUGCCGUACGAGAACAUCAACCUGGAGUACAUCGCGCGGCUCAUGCAGGAAGGCUACUCCAAGGAGAACGUCAUCACGGCGCUCGGCAUUUCGCGCAACAACAUCGAGAUGGCGUGCGACAUCCUGCACGAGUUUGUCACGAAGAGCGGUGGAGGUGGGGGCGGCCUCGGGUGAACGGACGGAACGCACGGAACCACAUAGACUGGGAGGUGAGGGGGCGGAACGGAUAGCGUCUAGAUUAUUUAUUUAACAAAAACAAAAAGAAGUACAGUACUGUGACGAACGCGAGAGGGAGGGAGAGGAGAGGUUAGAUUUUCAAGAUGGCUGCCACAGCCGAGCACGCGUGUUUUGUAGUGUGAAGAAUAAAACAAUCAUCAUAGCAAUAAACGGAACAUGUAUCUUUUUUCAGUGUUUUCUCUGUAAAUAUAGCGAAAAUUUUGGAAGCUAAGCACCGAAUCCAGCCCUGCCGCUGACAGUGCACGAUCAAGGAGGCGUGAACGCUAGAGGUGAGCAACUGUCAAGCGCAGGGUUGGCAUCACCUCGUGAAAUAAAAUCAACACACAGAAGGAAAAAAAACACACACGACUCUUGAAGUGAAGCUUUAUUUAGUUCCUUACUAGAAGGUAAAUGAAUAAAUUAUACAUUAUAACUGUAUAGAAUCUAUAUAGACAAAUGGAAACUGAACUAAUCAACCUUAUUUUUUGUGUAUUACUUUUUUUUAAGUUGAUUUUGUUGGAUAAAAAUUACACAAUUCUAAAAAUCUUCUAAUCAUCGAAGUCAAUUGAAUGUCGUUCUCCGUUGAUUAUGCACCUUUGAAUUUACAAUAGUUACAGCAAAACGAUACCGGUUAGUGAUUCAGGUUAAUUUAGUUGUUAGAUUAUUAUUUUAAUUUACCAAUUUUAGUUAGUCUAAAUUUUUGCCUUACCCUUGGUUCAAAAAAUUAAAUCGAUAAACUUGUCAAACAAGUACAGAUUUCCUCCUUUUCAAACGUACUGCAAGCAAUAGUAAUCGAAAAAUAAACUGAAAAUUUUUUUUCACACUUUAUUUUCCCGUGCACUGAACAAACUUAGCAAAACUAAAAAAAAGAUGUUAAGUAGAAGAGCAAAGUUGUAAAUACUCAAAGUAAAACCAAAUCACAAAAUGAACAUGAUCUGAUCAAAAAUAAAACAAAAAAAAAAGAAUUAAAAAAACAACUCGUUGCAAACAUCGAGCGCGAAAUACAUGGAAGAUCACAAAUGUUAAAAAAUUAAAAACAAUGCGACAAGAAUUGCGCAAAAGAGUCACCGCACACCUUCUCCAGCACUUUCAGAUGUAUUUUUGUACUCUUCCACGCCACAACAAGAAGUGAACAAAACAAAUCGAGUUAGUGAACCAAUAGUGAACGAUUUAUCCUGUCGAAUUAUACCAGUGUUUACCACCACCACCAACAAACAAACAUCAUCAACACCAUCGGAUUCAGAUCAUCAAGCCAGGCACCAAAGUAUACUACGAUGAGAAAAGGAAAAAAACAUCAAGCAAUUCUGGAAUGGGACGCCUACUACUCCUACUACGGCUACUAUUUGUUUUCGGAAAAAAAAAUGUUUGUCUCUCCUUUGCUCUCAUCCACACAGUAAACAAACCGAAUUUUUGACAUCAGAACACUAGAAAUGCACCCAACUUUAAACAACAACAACAAAAACAGCAACAUAAUCACCCAAAUGGAAGAAAAUAUGUGAAUUAAAAACCCUAUUUCAACUCCCGCAUAAACAGAACCAGUUGUACUACCUAACUACCUACAAAUCACGUUACAUAAACACACAAACACACAUUAAGAAUUAUUCCAACUGAUUAGCGUUUGCAGAUAAAAAAAAAUGGAACAAGAAAAAAAACUCAAAAAACAACCAAACCAAAACAGAUAACACACAAAGAAUCAAGUUUGCAACCGGAAAUUCAAAACAAAAUGAAAACAAAUCAUUGUAAGUUAAGAAGAAAAAAAAAGGUAUUGAUAUAUGAAAAUAUUUGAAAAGUGAAUUAAAUAAAAUGAUGAAAAAUAA